CAAUAUAUUUAUAACUUUUAUCACUACCAAAUACCAGUAAGCCACGAAAGAGAGAGCGCGACAACUUCUAAUCCAAAUGGAAAGCGAAAUUUCAUGCCGAGAUAAUUUCGAAACGAGCGAGAUUCUGGCAACUUUUCUGGCCUCCACGCCAUUGUUGGAAGAGGCAUGGAAGUGUUGCAGUGUCGCGAACACAAGUUUCCCAGGAUCUUACCUCGUCCAACAGAUCGGAACCGUCGCCUACGUUGCGUUCUCCGGCAUACAAAUGGAUUCCGGUUGGGAACAGAGCUGCAGAAAUUUGCAGCCGUUGGACGCCGGAGACGGUGGUCUCUUUGCUCCUCUUUACCGGCAUAGCCAAGCGGAGGAGCCCAUCAAGGUGCAUCAGGGGACGUUAAAGCUCUUCUUCUCAUUCUAUUCAAGUUUGCAAAUCCAGAUUGCAGCUCUAGUAGGAAAAGUGAAGUCAAUAGUGCUCACAGGCCACUCCAUAGGCGGUUCAGCAGCCUCUCUUUCAGCUCUAUGGCUGCUCUGUCAUCUUCAGUCCACCAUUUCAUCUCCAAUUUCGGUGCUAUGCAUCACAUUCGGCUCUCCAUUGCUCGGCAACGAAGCCAUCCAUCGAUCGAUUCUCCGACAAAGAUGGGGCGGAAACUUUUUCCAUGUCAUUUCCAAGCACGAUAUCAUGCCGAGGCUACUACUCUUUACUGAAACAGUGAACCACAUUUCCAUAACACAAUCCUUGCUGCAUUUCUGGCACUGCUGCAUGGCUUCUCCACACGUUAUUGCUGAUGGCAUUUCUUCUGAACUACCCCAAGAUCUAAAAACCAAUGUUUUUCAAUGUGUUUUAAAGGACUUGGAAGUGUUGGAACAUGCUGAAGAUCUGUCGGCAAAGAGUCUGUUUUGGCCUAUUGGGAGCUAUGUUUUUUGCAGCCGAGAGGGUGCCGUUUGUGUUGAAAAUGCGACUUCUGUUAUUCGGAUGAUGUAUCUGAUGAUGACAAUGAGUUCAUUCAGUUGUUGCAUCGAGGAUCAUCUCAAGUAUGGAGACUAUGUAGGGAAUGUUUCUAAACAGAUUUUGAAGGCCAAAAGCGUUUAUGAAAAUGGUGAUGGCCUACCUGAUUCUAAUUUUGAAGCCGGUGUGGCAUUGGCAUUGCAAUCAUCUGACUUGACCCAUAAGGAACCAGUUCAAGUUCAAGAACUUUGCUUUUCCAUGCAAUCCAGCUCGAACCCGAGGGAAAAUGUAGCAAUAAUGGCCACGGAAUGCCUGAAAAUGGGUCAAAACGAUCACAGGCCAAAUCUGACCGCCGCUAACCUAGCAAUAAGGUUGUCCAAGAUCGUUCCUUUCAGAGCAGAAAUCGAGUGGUACAAAGCUUGUUGUGAUGAGGCAGAUGAUCAAAUGGGUUACUAUGAUUCCUUCAAGCACAAGGCAGGUUCAAGAAGAGAAGCCAGAGUCAACAUGAACCGCCAUAAGCUUGCUUCCUUCUGGGAUAGUGUAAUCUCCCUGUUGGAAAACAACAAGCUUCCUCAUGAUUUCGACAAGAAGGGGAAAUGGGUAAACUCUUCUCGAUUCUAUAUGCUUCUAGUCGAACCACUGGACAUCGCGGACUAUUACAGGACCGGGAUGCACCAUGAACACGGGCACUACAUCAAGAACAGAAGGCAAUGGAGGUAUAAAAUAUUUGAUAAAUGGUGGAAGAUUAGAAGCCUUCAAAUUGAAGAAAACAAGAGGAGUAAGUUUGCUAGCGUGACACAAGAUUCAUUGUUUUGGGCAAAGGUAGAAGAAGCCUGGGAGUGGCUGGAAAAUGUAAGAAGCGAGGGUGAUGGAACGAAGAUAAAACAGUUAUGGGACAAGAUCGAUAGAUUCGAGAAAUACGCAAUGAAGUUAAUCCAGAAUAAAGAGGUGUCUAAAGACGUGAUGUUAAAGAAUUCAAGCUUUAGUCGAUGGUGGGAACAAUGGAAAGAAUUGAAGCCACAGAUCCAGUUGAGUUGAAUCAACUUGAUUGUUAUGUUAUGUAUGUCUAAAGAACAAAGUGAAGGUUAACAACAAACAUUACCAUCUUGAAGGAAUGAUUUAUUUACAAUCA